AUGGGAGGUACCCUAGAUCGAAGUUAUGGCAAUCAUGGUAGCACUUAUAAUGAUUUAGGACAGUUCAAAAUAGCGAUCCAGUACCAUCAACGUCAUCUAGAAAUUGCUAAAGAGGUGGGAGACAAGGCCGGAGAGGGAAUCAGUUAUAGCAGUCUCGGCAACGCUUAUAAUUGUCAAGGACAGUUCAAAAAGGCUAUCCGGUACCAUCAACGUCAUCUAGAAAUUGCUAAAGAGGUGGGAGACAAGGCCGGAAAGGGAAAAAGUUAUGGUAAUCUUGGCAACGCUUGUAACGGUCUAGGACAGUUCAAAACAGCGAUCGAGUACCAUCAACGUCAUUUAGAAAUUGCUAAAGAAGUGGGAGACAAGGCCGGAGAGGGAAGAAGUUAUUGCAGUCUCGGCAACGCUUAUAAUGGUCUAGGACAGUUCAAAACAGCCAUCAAGUACCAUCAACGUCAUCUACAAAUUGCUAAAGAGGUGGGAGACAAGGCCGGAGAGGGAAAAAGUUAUGGCAAUCUCGGCAACGCUUAUAAAGGUCUAGGACAGUUCAAAACAGCCAUCCAGUACCAUCAUCGUCAUCUAAUGAUUGCUAGAGAGGUGGGAGAUAGGGCCGGAGUGGGAAUCAGUUAUGGCAAUCUCGGUAACGCUUAUCAAGGUCUAGGAGAGUUCAAAACAGCCAUCCAGUACCAUCAAUUUCAUCUAGAAAUUGCUAAAGAAGUGGGAGACAAGGCCGGAGAGGGAAAAGGUUAUGGCAAUCUCGGCAACGCUUAUGACGGUCUAGGAGAGUUCAAAACAGCCAUCCGGUACCAUCAACGUCAUCUAGAAAUUGCUAAAGAAGUGGAAGACAAGGCCGGAGAGGGAAGAAGUUAUGGCAGUCUUGGCAAGGUUUAUAAUUGUUUAGGACAGUUUAAAAGAGCCAUCCACUACCAUGAACGUCAUCUAGAGAUUGCUAAAGAGGUGGGAGACAAGGACGGAGAGGGAAAAGGUUAUGGCAAUCUCGGUAACGCUUAUGACAGUAUUGGACAGUUCAAAACAGCUAUCCAGUACCAUCAACGUCAUUUAGAAAUUGCUAAAGAAGUGGGAGACAAGGCCGGAGAGGGAACCAGUUAUGGCAAUCUCGGCAACAUUUAUCAAGGUCUAGGACAGUUCGAAACAGCCAUCCAGUACCAUCAACGUCAUCUAGAAAUUGCUAUAGACGUGGGAGACAAGGCCGGUGAAGGAAGAAGUUAUGGCAAUCAUGGUAGCACUUAUAAUGAUUUAGGACAGUUCAAAACAGCCAACAAGUACCAUCAACGUCAUCUAGACAUUGUUAAAGAAGUGGGAAACAAGGCUGAAGAGGGAAAAAGUUAUUACCUUCUCGGCAGGAUUUGUCAGGCUCAGAGUGAUUUGAAAACAGCUAUUGCUUGUUUUGCACGUUACCUAGAAAUAUCCAAAGAAGUGGGAGAUAAGACUGGAGAGGCGUGCUCACUGCAUUCCCUUGGAAUCAGUUUUGAGUGCCAAGGAAAUCUUAUGAUGGCCUUUGACUGUUAUUACUCGAGUGUAGAAUUGUAUGAUGAUAUCAGGGCCAGUCUUCAACUCAACGAUCAGUGGAAGAUUUGCUAUCGUAAUUUACACCAAGGAGCAUACAAAGGUUUGUGGCGUAUAAAUCUCAAGCGAGGUCAAGUUGUGAAGGCUCUUCUUGCCACAGAGAAAGGGCGUGCUCAAGCUCUGAGAGAUCUCAUGGUCAGAAAAUAUCAGCCUGAAGAUUCUUUAACGCCUAGAGCAUCCCGCAUUUCUCUGAGGUGGGUUCCAUUGAGUACAGUUUUCAUAGCUAUUAAUGGACCAUGCGUUUACUUCUGGGUUUGCCUCAGUGAAAAUAACAUCCAGAAGAGAGAAGUACACGUGAACAAUUACAAGUAUGAGGAUAAAUUGAAUGUUUUCAUGCAGGUACUGAACCAAACUGCUCUUAAGGAGAUCAGUAAAAGAGAAACUGUAACCAUCGAAUGUCCUCCGCUUGACUUGCCGAUAGAAGAGAAAGUGGCCAAUGAUGUGAUCCGAGUUGAUGUGAGGCACUCCCAAUCCAGCGCUUUAAAGAAGCUGCAUGACAUCAUCGUUACUCCUAUUGCUGACCUGAUCGAAGCCAACGACGAGAUCACGUUCGUUCCCGAGGGGCCAUUUUGCCUUGUACCUUAUGCAGCGUUGCAGGACUCCAACUCAUCA